CUUUUACUACAGUAUAAUCAUCAAUGUCAUCAAUAGUAGAAGAUCAAUCAGUUUAUCGUCGUAGAAUCAUUCUUUGCUUGGAUGGUACCUGGGAAGAUCCUACAAAAAGUACGAAUGUCUUCAGAUGGUAUGAGCAUGUUCAUAUGUCGCCUCAUAUUUUCAAAGGGGAUCAAUGGAUUCAAAUACCUGGUUACUUUCAAGGUGUUGGAUUUACUAAUGGAGGUCAAGAAGAUCCAAUUAGUGCAGUUACUGGUGAAGGGAUUGAUCAACAAAUCCUUGAUGCUUAUCAAUUUCUUAGCAAUACCCUCCAUGAUGAUAAAAAAGAUGAAGUUUACGUGAUUGGAUACAGUCGUGGAGCUUAUGCAGCAAGAAGUUUAGUUGGGAUGUUGUACAAUGUUGGAUUAUUACCUUCAAAUCAAAUGACACCUAAAAAGCUGAAAAUGGCUUAUGAAUUUUACCGGCACCGCUCAUCUGAGACUACCCCUGAAAGUGCAAAGGCUGUUGCAUUUAGAAAAAAAUAUCACUGUAUGCAACCGAUCAUUCGUUUUCUUGGUUGUUUUGAUACUGUUGGAUCGCUUGGAAUUCCUAAAUUACCUUUUUAUCUUGGUGGAUCCCUAUUGCAGCAAUUCUUUUAUGAUCGAUAUCGAUUUCAUGAUACUAACAUAUCACCAUGGGUACAAUCAGCAUUCCAUGCUAUUUCUAUUCAUGAACAACGACAAUGGUUUAAACCUGUACUUAUGAAAUAUGCUGCCAAACCAUAUUGUGAACAAGAAUUAGUACAAAUGUGGUUUCCUGGUGUUCAUUCCGAUGUCGGUGGUGGUACUUUUUGUAAUAAUCAUAGUAGUGAUCAUGAUGAUGAUGAUGAUAAUGAAGAAGAAGAAGGUAGUUGUUUACUUGCAAAUCAAUCAUUGAAUUGGAUGAUGACAAUGGGUGAAGAAAGAGGAAUGGUUUUCACAAAGCCAAUUUCUGAAAUAUGUCGUGGUGGUCAAUUUGUAAUGGAAGAUAGCUACAAGUCUAGUAUCAUUUAUCGUUUAUUAGCUCGAAAGGAUAGAGUAAUUGAUCCUAAAAUAUUUGGACCAAAAGGAUUACAUGCAUUAUAUUUGGAUGGCAAUUUUACUUACCUUACUGAUGAAGAAUUGGCUUCAUAUCCUUCUCGUACUUUGUAUAAUUACAUUGAUUAUUUAACAGCUCACCCAGAAAUAGUUGAACAUUCAAUCGGAGUCUAGCCCUAUACUGUAAAAUUUUUUUAUUUUGAGAGGUCAUUUUUAUUCUCUCUCUAUC